CAUUCCUCCCCGACUCAAAGUUUUUCAACACUACUUGUACUUUCCACAAUCAUUUUGAUACCCCUUUUCAUCUAGAAAAGAAAAACCAAAAUAAUACAGAUCGUUGUUGCGCGUUUCCCUUAAGGCGCAUCUCAUCCCGGAUUUCUACUUUUUUUUAUCGAUAGAGGGGUGGCUUAGCGGGGCAACCUGACGUCGGGAGCCAACACUUCGAAAUUUCUUUCUUCUAACACGCCGAAGCCCAUUCAACCCUUCCCCCAUCCUCAUCCUACCUACACUCUCUUUUCAUCAUGGUUUCCGCUUCAAAAGCUGCCCGCCAGGCCAAGCGCGCUGCCGAUGGUAAAGAGCCCAAGAAGACCGCCGCUUCCAAGGUUUCCUCCCGUGCCGCCUCCAAGAACGCCUCCAAGGCUUCCUCAGUCGACGGCGACGAUGACCGCGCUAUUGACCUCGAUCUGAACGAGGACGUCAAGAAGCUCCAACUCCAGGAGGACAAGUUCGGUCUCUCUGACCGUGUCACCACUGGUGUGCUCUCCUCCCUCGAAGCCAGCCGCGACGUCAAGAUCACCGCCGCCUCCCUCGUGUUCCACGGCCGUGUCCUCUUCAACGAUACCACACUCGAAGUCACCUACGGACGUCGAUAUGGAUUGCUCGGUGAGAACGGUUGCGGAAAGUCAACCCUCCUCAAGGCCAUCGACAAGCGCGAGUUCCCCUUCCCAGACCACAUCGACAUCUACCUGUUGAACGAAGGUGCCCCCGCCACCGAGUUGGGUGCCUUGGAAUGGGUUGUCCGUGAGGCCGAGAACGAGCUGGCUCGUUUGGAGAAGCUUGCUGAGGACAUCCUCGAGAGGGAUGGCCCAGAGAGCCCGCUUUUGGAUGAAUUGUACGAGCGUCAAGAGAGCAUGGAUCCCUCCACUUUCCACACCCGUGCAUCCCUCAUUCUCACUGGUCUCGGUUUCAACAAGAAGACCAUCAACAAGAAGACCAAGGACAUGUCCGGAGGUUGGCGUAUGCGUGUUGCCCUCGGAAAGGCUCUCUUCGUCAAGCCCUCGCUCCUUUUGCUCGAUGACCCCACCGCCCAUUUGGAUCUCGAGGCCUGUGUGUGGUUGGAGGAGUACCUCAUGAAGUGGGACCGCACGCUCAUCCUCGUCUCCCACUCGAUGGAUUUCUUGAACGGUGUCUGCACAAACAUGAUUGACAUGCGCAUGAAGCAGCUCAUCUACUACGGUGGUAACUACGACUCCUACAUCAAGACCCGUACCGAGCAGGAAGUCAACCAGAUGAAGGCAUACGAGAAGCAGCAGGACGAAAUCAAGCACAUCAAGAAGUUCAUUGCUUCUGCCGGUACGUACGCCAACUUGGUCCGACAGGCCAAGUCCCGUCAGAAGAUCUUGGACAAGAUGGAGGCAGAUGGUUUCAUCGAGCCCGUCAUUCCUGACCGUGUCUUCACUUUCCGUUUCGCCGAUGUCGAGAAGCUUCCCCCGCCUGUGUUGUCUCUUGACGACGUCACUUUCUCCUACUCCGGCAAGGCCGAGGACAACCUGUACGAGAACUUGGACUUCGGUGUCGACAUGGACUCCCGUACCGCCCUCGUCGGCCCCAACGGUGUUGGUAAAUCGACCCUGCUCCGUAUUUUCACUGGAAAGCUCUCGCCCACCUCCGGUACCGUCUCUCGCCACACCCACUUGAAGCUCGGCAUGUACAGCCAGCACUCUGCCGAGCAGCUUGACCUCACAAAGUCCUCCCUUGACUUCGUCCGUGACAAGUUCUCCCACAUCAGCCAGGACUACCAGUACUGGAGACAGCAGCUCGGCCGCUACGGUCUUAGCGGCGAGGGCCAGACAGCCAAGAUGGGUACCCUUUCCGAGGGUCAGAAGAGCAGAAUCGUGUUCGCUCUGUUGGCCAUCGAGAGCCCCAACAUGUUGUUGCUCGACGAGCCUACCAACGGUCUCGAUAUCCCCACUAUUGACAGUUUGGCAGAUGCCAUCAACGCUUUCAGCGGUGGUGUCGUCGUUGUGUCUCACGACUUCAGAUUGCUUGACAAGAUUGCAAAGGACAUCAUGGUGUGCGAGCACAAGACCGUCCGACGAUGGGAAGGCAGCAUCGGAGAGUACAAGAACCACCUCCGCAAGAAGAUGAAGUCCGCUGGUGCUGUUUAAGAGUUUUGUUUUGUUUCUUCUUAUUAAAAGCAAAAGUUGUUCUAAAAUUGCAUUCUGCCUCCCCCAGACACGAGACAGACGCUUGCGAAGGACUUCGAAAGGAAUUUGGCCCAGAGGUAGACCCUAGGGAUACGACUGCAGGUAGGGCCAGCAGCUCUUCGUGGCCUGCUUCGGACAGUCUUCUGCACUAGUUACAUGCUCGGUGGAGACAUCUGGAUAUUCCCGUUGAUAACGGGUGCAUUGGGGGUUAGAGGAGUUUUAUAGAAGUAUGAUUAUGAACAAAAAUGACAUG